UUUCCUGCCCGCCCUGCCCACACCCAGCGCAGCCCCAGCGCCCCACGGGCCCCACGGCCCCUCCUGCACGUCCCCACGGCCAUGGAGUCCGUGGCCCUCUACAGCUUCCAGGCCACGGAGAAGGACGAGCUGCCCUUCCAGAAAGGGGACACCCUGAAGAUCCUCAACAUGGAAGAUGACCAGAACUGGUACAAGGCUGAGCUGUUCGGCCGCGAGGGUUUUGUCCCCAAAAACUACAUCAAGGUCAAGCCACACCCGUGGUACGCGGGCAGGGUCUCCCGGCAGCUGGCAGAGGAGCGGCUGCUCCAGCGCAAUCACCCGGGAGCCUUCCUGAUCCGCGACAGCGAGAGCGCCCCGGGAGAGUUCUCCCUCUCCGUCAGCUACGGGAAGGACGUCCAGCACUUCAAGGUGCUCAGGGAGAGGAACGGCAAAUAUUUCCUCUGGGAGGAAAAGUUCAACUCCCUCAACGAGCUGGUGGAUUUCUACAGGAUGACCACGAUUGCCAAAGAGCAGCAGAUUUUCCUGUGGGACGAGGACCAGAGCCAGCAGGUGAGGAGACCCCGAUUUGUGCAAGCCCAGUUCGACUUCUCAGCCCAGGAGGGCUCCCAGCUGCCCUUCCUCCGUGGGGACAUCAUUGAGGUCCUGGACUGCCCUGACCCCAACUGGUGGCAGGGGAAGAUCUACAGCCGUGUUGGGCUCUUCCCCCGGAGCUACGUCCACCCCAUCCACCAGUGACCUCCGAGUGACCAUCCACCAGUGACCUCCGAGUGACCAUCCACCAGUGACCAUCCACCAGUGACCUUUGAGUGACCAUCCACAGUGACCUCCAAGUGACCAUCCACGAGUGGCCCUCACCACGCUGACCAGGCAGGACCCAGCCCCGUUGUCCCCACUCACCAGAGCUGCCCACACGGCCUGAGUGUCCCUUUGUCCCCAGGAUGGUGCCUGGUCCUUGUCCCCAGCCCAGGGACUGAGCUGCCAGUGCUGCUUCCUGGGGAGGGAGUGUGGAGUGUUCAAAAAAAAACCUUUUCCAGAGGCACAAUCCAGUGGGAUGACAGCAACAGAGGGACUGAGCCCAAACCCCAAACCCCAAAUCCUCUCCAAACCCAAAAGCGAAGCCCCAGAUCCAGGGAGGGCUGCAGGCAGCCAGGAUCCACAACCAUGGAGGAAUUCCAGGGCUCAGGGUACCAGGGAAGGCUGAUCCAGGCAGAUUCCAUCCUGUGGGUGCUGCUCAUAGCUGUAAAUUGUGCUUUUUUUAUAUUAUUUUUAUACUUAGGGCCAGUAAAA